GACAGUCGCUCCUUGUGUACCUCACACACUCUCAGCCUCUGCUGCGCAUCAUUUAAGGGGAGCCCGGCUGUCGCUUUCUCCGGUCAGUCUCGCCGUCUAUGCUGCGUAAUAUCAACACGACCGCUCGCUUUUACGCUCCUCCACCACUCUUUCUUUCCAUUCUCUCUGCCUCUAAAGCCAAUCGGUCAACUUUAAGCUCCUCGCACCAGCUUUAUAUGGAAAAUACGGAUCUGCAGGGCGCAUUUAUUCUCUCCAAUACCCGAGAGAAAGCGCACGGAGGACAACGGCUGAGGACUAAAUGAAAGCAGCCGUGAUUCAUGGACGUACCGCGCAUCAUGAGACUACUACAACUGCCAACAAGGGAGGACCUGGCAUGAACCGCUGUGUCUAAAUGAAGUGGUUCAGCCAUGCAAUGUUCCUGGAAGGCAGUGAUUCUGCUGGCUUUGGCCUCCAUUGCCAUCCAGUACACAGCCAUCCGGACGCUCACCUCCAAGCCUUUCCAGCUGUGCCCACUGCCCAGCCCCCAGAACUGUGGUCUGGGGGGCCAGGAGACAGAUCCCCCCUUUGAGCGCGGAGCGGCCGGCGUUGGAGGCUGCGACGACUACCCUUACUUUUCCAUCAAUGCCACGCGCAAAACGCACAUCCUGGUGUUAGCCACCACCCGCAGCGGAUCCUCAUUUGUUGGCCAGCUGCUCAACCAGCACCAGGAGGUGUUCUACCUGUUUGAGCCUCUUUAUCAUGUUCAGACCACACUGAUUCCACGUCUGUCACACAGCCGCAAUGCCGCGGACCGGCGUGUGAUGCUCGGCGCCAGCAGAGACCUCCUGCGCAGCCUGUACGGUUGUGACCUCUACUUCCUGGAGAGCUACAUCAAACCUACGCCCACCAAUCACACCACUGAUAAGCUGUUCCGCCGCGGUGCCAGCCGAGCGUUGUGCCAGCAACCUGUAUGUGAUGCCUUUGGUCCUGCUGAUAUGAAUGUGGAGGAAGGGGAUUGUGUUAAGAAGUGUGCUACUCUAAACAUGACCUUGGCGACGGAGGCUUGCCGGGAGAAACGGCAUGUGGCGAUUAAAAUUGUGCGGGUGCCUGAGAUCGGAGACCUACGUGCUUUGGUGGAGGACCCGCGGCUGAACAUCAAAGUGAUUCAACUCGUCAGAGACCCGCGUGGCAUCCUGUCGUCCAGGAUCGAGACAUUCAGGGAUACGUAUCGCCUGUGGCGCAUUUGGCGGGCCACAGGGCGAAGACCCUAUAAUUUAGACUUAAGUCAGCUUACAGUUGUGUGUGAAGACUUUCUAAGUUCUGUGUCAACAGGUCUGAGCCAUCCCUAUUGGCUGAAAGGGAAAUACAUGCUGGUUCGCUAUGAGGAUUUAGCCAGGAAUCCACUUGUAAAGACGAAGGAGAUCUAUGAUUACCUGGGGCUGGCUAUGGAUAAAAACGUGGAAGACUGGAUACAUGCAAACACUCGGGGGUUGGAACAGAAGCUGAACAAUGACUCAUGGAGCAGGGAGGCACAGUGA